GGGGCUAUGACAACACGAUGGGCCGCGUAGAGGUGUCGCGUAACGGAAGUGUCUGGGGCACGGUCUGCGAAAACCUCUGGACGGACAAAGAGGCGCAGGUUGUCUGUAGGCAGCUAGGAUACAAGUGGGGAGCGGUGAGUGAACAGAACGUAUUAAGGACUUUCAAACAAAGUUUAAUGCUUAUACUUAUAGAGAGUUUCAAACACUGCCACUUACAAACGAGCUCGCUGUCACUUCAGUCUUUCACGGGUCCCGGAGCUGCGUUUGGCGAGGGAUACGGCGAGAUCUUUCUGGACAACGUGCAGUGCACGGGCACCGAGAAAAACCUCGGCGAGUGUCAGCACAACGGCUGGGGGAACAACAACUGUCGUCACUACGAAGACGCCGGUGUCGCCUGCUACAACAGCUCAGUAAAAUUGAAAUCCAGAGGGAGGACUGAUGUGGGGACAGUAGAAAUACGUACAAAUGAUGGCUGGGUGGAGGUGUGCGACCAGGACUGGGGCACAACGGAAGCACAGGUGGUGUGCCGAGAGAUGGGAUACACCAGCGGUAUUAGCAAAUGCUGCUCUACCCUUGGUGUGGACCAGUCCAUGUCAGGACCCAACAAGGCGUACACGCAUUUCACUUGCAAGGGAAUGGAGACCAAUCUGCUGGACUGCCCCCAUGUGACAUUGAAGACCAAGUGCGCACCUGAACAUCGCGCAUCUGCUAUUUGUUAUCAUCAGCCAUUGGCUGCAGUUGAUAGAUCUUUUGCUGUACGUCUGGACAAUGGUUCAGACACCAACCGUUACUGGGGAGAGGUAAAUGUGCGUCACGACGGUGUGUGGGGACAGGUGUGCGCCAUGGGAGACAACUGGAACGACAAGGCAGCCACUGUUGUGUGCAAACAACUGAAAUUCAAAGCUGGGAAGGCGUACGGGACAGUCAAUGAAACGCUGACACUACACUGGAUAAUGGACAUGAACUGCACUGGGUCAGAGUCCAGCCUCCAGGAAUGUGCCAAGCCACCCUGGGGAAAGCCCUCUCGUUCGUGUAAACCGGCGUAUGCUCUGUGCUAUAACAAAGAGGUGUCCGUGCACCUAAGAGGGGGUGGAGACUACUACGGGCGUGUAGAGAUCACCAAUGAUGGUCACACGGGCACCAUUUGUGACAAGGCCUGGUCCUUCAGUGAAGCCAGGGUCGUCUGCAAACAGCUCGGGUAUGCUGACGGGGACCCUGUUACAGGCUCUUUCUAUGGAAAAGGGACUGGCCCUGUGAUGAUGAAUGGUAUGGGUUGCUAUGGUUACGAGUCCAACAUCGUCCACUGCAGAAACAAGGGUUGGAUGUCAUAUCAGGGGACUUCCUGUGACGCCCAUUACAACGAUGCCUCAAUAAUGGAGGAAGACUGGUCGGUGUUGUGCGGCGAAGGAUUCGGCAACAAGGAGGCUCAGAGAGUUUGCUACGAACUCGGCUUUCAGAAUGGAAAAGCGCUCGCAAUGGGUUCGUUUGGUAAAUUUUACGGAAAGUAUGUUCGCCCAAACGUGACAUGUGUUGGAAAUGAGUCCAGCAUUCUCAACUGCACAUAUGACAAGUUCCGCGCUUGCCAGAAAGACGCUUUUCUUGGAUAUGCUGUUGUGUUAUGUUUUAAUGGAACACUGAAUAAGGAGCCUAAGCUGAAGUUAGUGGGCAGUGAAGGUACGGACAUGGCCAACCAGACAGGCCGUGUGGUGAUCCAGCAGUACGGGAUCUGGGGCCGCGUGUGUCCCAACGCCUGGGAUGACAAGGACGCUGACGUCGUGUGUCGACACCUCGGCUAUGGUCCCUACAUGAUGGGGAUGGUUGGUUGUCAUGGUAAUGAGUCUACACUGUUUGACUGCCCUGUGAGUCCCGGACUGUGUGACAUUCAGAUUUUCUCUGGGGAUGCAGGCGUGCUGUGCUACACUGUCAAGAAGCCAGCGUUGCGCCUGGUUGGUUUAGCCAACACAGGUAACCUGGAGAUCAUACUGGACACCUUCACAGGCACCAUCUGUGACUUUGGCUGGUCCCACUACGAUGCCAGUGUUGCCUGCAAACAGCUGGGCUUCCAGGAUGGGGAACCAAGAAGUUCCUUCUUCUCAUCGACGGGGACAACGGUUGUCAUGUCAUCAAUGGAUUGCUAUGGAGGAGAGAGCUCAAUAUUCAUGUGUCAAAACCCCGGCUGGCAGACAAACAUCAACGAAAAAUGCUAUGAGGCAAACAGAAUUGCUGGUGUCUUCUGCUACAACCAUGUACGUAUAUCCGGUGGGCAAGCUGACGAGAACACAACAGCAGGAAAAGUGGAGAUGUAUCACCAUGGAAACUGGGUCACAGUUUGCGCCGACGGUUUUAACGCCACUGAUGCCAGCCUGGUGUGCAGAGAGCUGGGUUUUCCCAACAGCAAGGCUCUUGUACCAGCAAUCUACAUCUUGCCCUUUGAAUCUUUCCCUGCAACGGUGGCAAUCAAGAAACAUGGGAUGAAUGGCACAAUUUGUGCGGAAGGUUGGGAUAACAAAGACGCUGAUGUUUUGUGUCGACAGCUUGGAUAUUCUGGGGGAGGCGUGUCAUUUGGACCACAGUACUCAGGCUCCAGUACACCUAUCUGGAUGACCACUGUGAAUUGCUACGGUAAUGAAACACGUAUCCAAGACUGCCGUUUUCUGGAAACCCCCACUAGUGGCUGCCUGUCUAAAAACAUGGCAGCUAGGGUGUAUUGUUAUGAGGGCCCAGGAUUCGAAGUGAGGCUAGUGAAUGGAAGUGCGCCGUCAAACGGUCGGGUAGAAGUUUCAUACGGUGGAACAUGGGGCACAAUAUGUGACUCGUACUGGUCAGAUAGCAAUGCUAGGGUGGUCUGUCGUCAGCUUGGUUUCCUAGAUGGUGUGGCACAAGCAAACUCCUACUAUGGAGCUGGGAUGGGUCCAUCAUGGCUUUACUACGUACAAUGUGAUGGGGAUGAGAAGUCAAUAUGGUCCUGCACAAAUAGCGGCUUUAAUGUGAGCCACACUCCAUGUCGCAAUCACCAACAUGACGCCAGCGUGUAUUGUACUGAUAGAGACGGCUUUGAUGACCUUGCAGCCAAGGUCGUAUGCAUGUCGGCAGGAUUCCAAAAUGGAAUCAGCGUUUGUUGUUCUGCCUUCGGAGAAAUGAAGUAUGACAUUGGUUACCGCAACGUCCGAUGCAUUGGAAACGAAAUGUCCAUACUGGACUGCAGCUAUGUGGACGAUAAUACUGGCUGCUCUAGCGGGAAGUAUGCUUCUGUGGCUUGUUCUGAUCUACCUGCCAAUGGAGAAUAUUCACUCAAACUAAAAAGAUACAACCGCGGGACUAUUUCCAUCCGCUAUUUCGACAUCUGGGGCUACAUAUGCGCUGAUGGUUUUGAUGAUGCAGAGGCCACUGUCAUUUGCAGAGAGAUGGGCUUCCAGGGUGGAUUCUCCUACUUUGAAGUGAAAUAUGAUAGCUCAAAAACACUUGGCAUACCCUGGCUGACCAACGUGAAUUGUACAGGUCAGGAAGGGUCUCUGAUUCGAUGUGGCAACAUUCGAUGGGGCUCGGUAGACCAGUGCAAGUCCGGGCUGGAGCCUGCAGUGUUCUGCUACCAGAACUCAGGUUUUAAUAUUAGUCUACAAAAUGGCACCAAUCACAUGAAUGGAAGAAUUCAGUUCACUGUCGACGAUCAAGUGGGUUCUUUCUGUGGAUGGUUUGAUGAUGGUUAUGCUAAAGUAGUAUGUCGUCAGUUAAACUUUACGUCUGGUCGUGCGCUCGACAAGGGGACGUUCGGCUCUCAGGUUGUUGGUCUGCAUAUUUCCACCCUGAAAUGCGAUGGAAGCGAGCUGCGACUGUUGGGGACCAGUGACUUGAACUAUGGAAUUCUAGAGCUGUAUAUUAAUGGUCAAUGGAAGGCUGUAUGUGAUGCGGAUUUCACUGAGUCUACAGCGCGUGUUGCAUGUCGACAGCUCGGAUACAAGGAUGGGCGCUUCCAACCAGGUUCGGUCCUUGGUCCCAAUGAGAGCGAUGGGAUCUACAUUACUGACUUGAGAUGUAACGGCGAUGAGGCAUCCCUAGACCAGUGCAAGUAUCUAAUCGGAGAGUGUCAUACUAGCAACUACGUCACCAUCUACUGUAACGAGUCCAUCAUUGAAGAGAAAAGCACAUUUGAUAUACGUAUAUCCUCCGGUCUGUACUAUGGGUCACUAGAGGUCAACAAGUAUGGCUUCUGGGAGCCGAUAUGCCCGCAUGGCUGGUCUAACAUCACAGCGCGGGCCGCCUGCAGGCAGCUCAAGUACAUCGGGGGAGUCGCGUACAACGACAGGAGUCGGCAAGAGGCACCAAUGGUACUCGGAAACUUUAAAUGCAGCGGGGAUGAGAACUCUGCUCAUAAUCUCAGUGAUUGCUCGUACAGCAAGUUCAAUGAGAAUAUCGGCUGCCGAUACUCUAUUCAGAAUAGCUUCUUGAGGCCCACUGCAGGCGUCCUGUGUACUAACCAUGCAGGGGGAUUUCAAUUCCGUCAGGAUGAAGAGGGCCGUGUUCAGAUCAUGUUUAAUGGAUUGUGGGGGCGGGUCUGCAACAGCAGGUGGAGUAACAAGGAGGCGGGCGUGUUCUGUCGUCAGCAAGGUUACAUCCAUGGCAUCACCAAGACUUUCAGUUCCCGUAAUAGUGGUCGUGUCUGGAUGAACUACAUCGCCUGCACUGGGAAUGAAAAUACCAUACUGGAGUGUACCUAUACGUGGACGCCUGGUUACUCAAAUUGCAAAGACGCUGGUGUAACUUGUCUGAAAUCAGUGAUGCUGACUAGGGGAGACUACAAGUCCCACGGUGCUGUAGAGGUGAACAUCAACAACCACUGGGGCCUCGUGUGCAACAAGGACUGGGACCAGAAAGACGUCGAUGUUGUGUGCAGACAGCUUGGUUUUGAGACUGGAUUGCCCAUACACAAUGCCCCGUAUGGCUACAUAAAUUCCCCUGGGACCAUGGCAGCGGUUCAGUGCAAUGGCAACGAGAAAAAGAUUACUGACUGCCCACACAAUACUCCGUAUGUCUCUAUGUGCUCCAUGGAUUAUGCAGCCGCAGCCUGUUUCAAUCGCUCCACUUUGGAAAAAUACAGUGUGCCCUCCUUCUCCAUCGCUGGUAACCGGUCCUUAGGUGUUGUUGAGGUAUCCUACCUGAACAUCACGGGGCGUGUCUGCUCUGACGACUGGGGCGACAUAGAUGCCACAGUCCUCUGCAAGCAGUUAGGAUUCUACUAUGGUCAGGCCUACAGCCACUACAAAUGGAGCACAGGUAGGGGAGAAAACGCCCCAUUCUGGACAUCACAGGUCAAUUGUUCCGGAAAGGAGACAUCCUUUGACCUUUGUCCGAUGGUCAAGUACGGUCAAGUGAAGGACUGUCUCAGUCGUCAUUAUGCUGGCGUCUUGUGCUACCAGAAAUAUGGUGUUGACAUCCGUAUAAUGGGUGGCGGAAAUGAGUAUGGGCGUGUUGAGAUAUCUGUGGAUGGGGUCUGGGGAACAGUAUGCAAUCGAUACUGGGACUUUAAUGAUGCCAAGGUCCUGUGUCGCUCCCUUGGCUACAAAACCGGGUACCCGCUUUAUACAGGAAAGUUUGGCACACCUCCUGAUAAGAUUUAUGCGGCUAACUUGCACUGUAAUGGUUCGGAAGAUUCGCUACGUAAAUGUUUACACGAGGGAUUUGAACCUUCCCCCACCGAUUCUAACUGUGAUCACUCGAAGGAUGCGGCAGUGUAUUGCUACAAUUCAGAAAACCUUGGUUCUGGUGUUGGCAAGCACAUCACCAAUGGACCUGUUCUCUACUUUGACUCUACAAGAAAUGUGUGGGAGGCAGUGCGUGAUAAAGGAUUCAAUGACAAUAGUGCCACGCUGGUCUGCAAAGAACUGGGCUUUGAUACAGGGCGUGCAAUCCUGAGCUCUGCCUUUGGCACGAUACACGAAGAAAUCUUUGACAACAACACGAUAUCAUGCUCGGAAGACGCCACCUCUUUAGACCAGUGUCUCAUGGCCGGGCAGUGUAUUCAGUCGGAUUCCUAUGCCUCCGUGGCCUGCUACAUGAACUCUGACCUGCCUCUUACUGAGGACUACAGCUACUCGAUUGAGAAAGGUUCUGCUGGGGACUAUUCUGGUGUGGUUUCCGUGCGUCACUACGGACUGUUUGGAAAGAUCUGCUCAGAGGGAUGGGAUGAUAUUGACGCAUCGGUAUUUUGUCGCAAUUUGACCUACCAGCAUGGUAUUGCCUUCCCGCAGGCAGACAAUGAUUUCUCUCCCUUGAUGGGACGUGGUCCGUACUGGAUGAGUGAUGUCAAAUGUACAGGUCACGAACCGUCCCUAAACAACUGCGUAUUCAAAGAGCGACUAGACGAGAAAAAUUGCUCAAGCCGAAUGCAUGCAGCUGUCCUAUGUUACAAUGAGAAUGGAAUUGACUACCGAAUAGUAAACGACAAGAAUCCAAAGGUCACGUCAGAGGGACGCGUAGAAAUAUCGAUCAACAAAGUUUGGGGAACAGUCUGUGAUGCAUCCUGGGACGACUAUGACGCCAGGGUUUUCUGCCGCCAGCAGAAUUUCCAUGAUGGAUACGCCAUCAAGGGAGGCUAUUUUGGUGAGAGCAAGGUCAGCCCAAUCUGGAUGAGCCAUCUCAAGUGUGCAGGCACUGAAGCAAGUCUCGACAAGUGCCCACACCGUGAGUUCAACAGCGGAAUAGUGGACGGGUCGCUGGGAUGGUGGAAGUGUAAAUCACACAAGGACGAUGCUGGAGUGCUGUGUGUUAACGAUUUGAAACUGAGUGGCGAGUACAACUCUUCCAUGGGCGCGGUUCUGGUGUACCACAACAAUGACUGGUAUGCAGUCUGUGAUGACAGCUUCAACUCACUUGAUGCCCGGGUCGUUUGUCGGUCCCUAGGCUUCAUUGAUGGGAAUGUCAGUCCCGGCUCAGCUUUCGGGAAUGUCUCUAGCCCUAUUGGCGUGCAUUCAGUGCAGUGUAAGGGCGGUGAAAACGUUUUCAAAAAAUGUUUCAUGGAGUUUAGCAGUUCCUGCCCAUCAGGAAAAUAUGCAUCCGUAUAUUGCAGCCAAGAGAAUAUCGUUGAUAAAGGUUUCCAGGUGCGUAUCAACCCUGAUUAUGGGAAGUCCAUGCACAGUUUCCAUGGUUACGUGGAGGUGAACGUGGACGGGGUUUGGGGCUCUGUGUGUAACCGAAACUGGACUGACAAGAACGCUUUUAUUGCCUGCAGGCAGAUGGGCUAUGCAGGUGGAUACGCCUACAGACCUCCGAAGAACAUUUCUAACGUGAUCCUGAUGGACAAUGUGGGUUGUCAUGGUAACGAGACCUCGCUCCUCAACUGUACAUACAACAAGUGGGAGGCCACCACAGGCUGUGAUUUCUAUGCCGAGCGUGCAGGGGUGUUUUGCCUCAGUGACACAAAUGGCCUCAAGUACCGGCUAGGCAGUGGUGAGACUAAACACGGCCUGGUUGAGAUCAUGUACAACGGGGUCUGGGGCUCCAUUUGCGACUGGCUCUGGGACUCUCGGGACGCGCGCGUCUUCUGCCGAAGCAUUGGCUUCGAGGACGGGCUGGAGGUCGUGGGCUCUAGAUACGGGCAGGUGGAGGGGCCGCUCUGGUUUACGCGGGUCAGCUGUGACGGUUACGAGGAAAGCCUGCUGCAGUGUCGCCAUACAGGCUUCAACAGCUCCAGCGAGAUGGAGGGGGUCUUCGCGGGCCUGUGCAGAAAUAGGUCUUAUGAUGCAUCCGCUAGAUGCUUUGAUAAAAAGCUAGAGUUGACGUAUGUGCGUCUUGUAAACAUUGAGGGAGACCCAACAUAUGGCCGCGUGGAGGUGUAUCUAGCAGGCGCGGAGGAAUGGGGCACAGUCUGCGAUGAUUACUGGGACGAUGUGGACGCCACUGUCGUCUGUCAGUCUCUCGGAUUUGGAGUAGGACACGGCGUUAAGGGAGCCCAUUUUGGCAGAGGCAUGGGUCCUGUGUGGUUGGACAAUGUGCGCUGCACGGGGAACGAGACUCACAUCCGGCAGUGUCCUCACAACAGCUUUGCCGUGCAGAAUUGUAACCACGGCGAAGACGCCGGAGUCUACUGCAAAGGUAACUACACCGGUGUUCUUCCAAUCACCGUGGGCCCAGAGGGAGUUGGUCGCACAGAGGUUACGGAUAAUGGUUUGGUUAAGGAAGAACUUCGUCGCUCAGAGGCGGAACAAAGUGGCUCCGGUGUUAUCAUAGGGGUGACGGUCACCAUCAUUGCUGUACUCAUAGCGGUCAUCGUCGUCGGUGGCGUGAUCAUAUACCGCCGGACCCGACCGAAAGGGGAGAUCAAAAAAGUGCUAGUACACAACGACGCAAACGACCCUAAUCCCGUGGUUAACCGGUCGGGGGCAGAUGGUCGUGUAACUCUAUCAAAACUUAAGGCCCAUUUCUAGAAGUCCAAUUUGAACAGUGAGAUUGAGGACUCUGGGGCGUCGGCAAAUACGUCGGCGGGAGUUGCCAACCAUGUGUAUGUGGAUGAUAGAAAUCAAGGGAUAAUUAUGGAGGAAGCAUCCAUUGAGCAGCCCACUCAUGCCGGAUAUGACAUUUAAUGAAAUUUUUGUUAACUUUGAAUAUCUCGGCAGCUGUAAUUAUGUGCAGAUGUGUUUUCUGCGGCAGCGACAUAAUAGUGGUUAGUUUCACUCUGGAACCAAUAUUUUUGGACGCUUAGACCAAGUAUCUUAUUUCUUGAUCGUGAGUGCUUGCUUACUGAACUAUUUUUGUCUGGGUCUUUGGAGUUAAUAAUUAACUUGCCGCUUAGUAGGUGUGAUGCGCAUUGUGUGGUUCUGUGCAUGGAUAUUUGUAAUUUAACACUUGAAAUUUAGCAGAUAGUUAUAUACUACACAUAUCUACAACGAACAUAAACUAUCCCAUGAUUUUUGUACUUAAUUUUAUGAGGUUUUAUAAAUACUUAUGGCAUUCACCAAACGUGCACAAAAUAAAUGUUAUACACUAGCAUGUCUUUAGGUGUAGUGAAAGUACGUAAGUAUGCUAUUUUGACUGAGGUUGUACAGUUGAUACGUAUGUAUAUACACUUAUAAUAAUUGCUUGUAAUUUAAUAUAGUAUGACGA